AUGACUACUAGGAGCAGAGAUGGAACUCGAAAACAGCGAACUAUCAUAAACCUCCACACUUCAACCAUUUCUCCUAUCCCAAAAAGCCACCUAACAGCUUUAAAAGAUCCAAACUGGAAUCCCUCAAUGACUGAUGAGUACGGUGCUCUGGUUAAGAAUAAGACAUUUAGUCUAGUUACACGUCCACCUAAUGCUAACAUUCUGCGCUCCAUGUGGUUAUAUAAGCAUAAGCUUGGUGCAGAUGGAACGGUUACACGCCACAAAUCGCGCUUAGUGGCGAACGACAAGUCACAAGAGCAGGGCCUGGAUUACGAUGAAACGUUCAGCCCCGUUGUGAAGCCAGUAACCAUCCGUUCUGUACUCCACCUAGCUCUGCAACGCGACUGGGAGUCCAUCACCUUGACGUCAAAAAUGCUUCUUGCAUGGGACGUUAGAUGA